UUCCCAGGACGACUGAAACUUACCAAAAGCUGAUUCGAAAACACCGCUCAUUAACCCAAAAAAAAAUGCUUGGAAAUUUUCACUGCAUUGUGUGCCUAGAUUCAGGGAAGCACCGGUGGCGUGCACUGCUAAUGCACUGCCUCUCACCAAUGUGGCCCGAGUUCGAGUCCUGCUGAUCUCAAUGUCGUAUGUUUACAAACAUGGCGAUAACUUAUCUACAAUACUUACCCAUUCUACUGGGAGGAUUAGCUGUAAUUUCCUUCUUCACAUCUUAUGGUAUGGCUGUCCAUGAGAAACAUGUCGAUGCUUUAUUUCCCUAUAUAAGCGAUGCUGGUGCAAGGCCACCCGAAAGUUGUAUAUUUGGACAGUUUCUAAACAUGGCAGCAGUUAUUGCUUUCGUUGCCAUGUAUUUACAUUACAAACACAUUAAGGAAUUCAACAUCACCCAGACGCCGAUUAUACAGAAACUGAAUAUGUUUUCAUUAUGGCUGUCUGCCUUUGCUUGUCUUGGUAUGUCGAUGGUAGCUAAUUUCCAGUACAUCAACAGUGAAGCUCCUCAUUUCGUUGGGGCAUUCAUGGUGUUCUGUCUUGGUAUAGCGUAUUGUUGGAUCCAAAGUUACAUAACAUACAAAAUGAGAGCACAAGGAAUGAGCUCAACGUUAGCUUUAGUAACACGGUUCUUCUUGUCCUUUGCUGCCACAGUCUUCUUCUUAAUAACUAUCAUUGCAGCGGCAGUAGCAAGCUCUGAGUACAAGAAAAGAAAAGUUCCCACUCCAACACCUGUUGUUAGUACUACACCACACAUGAAAUGGAAUAAAUCUGAUCCGGGAUAUAAAAAUCAUCUGGCCAGCACGUUUGGCGAGUGGCUUAUGGCAAUUUCUUUCUUGCUCUUUUUCCUCACUUACUAUCGAGAGUUCAAGAAGAUCGUUAUCACAAUCAAAGUUGCUCCGAAGGACUCGGAAAUCUUUUUUCCGACUGAAGACAAUUCUGGAGCAGUUGUUGCUUAACUUAAAUUAAUAAUUAAGGAAUGUAGUAUUGUAAGCAAAGCUCAUGGACAGUCCCUCCACGGCAAGGUUUUUCCUUUCCUUCUCAUUACUUUCUUUCCCUUUCUUUCUUUUCUCCUUCUAUUCUUUUUUCUUUUCUUUCCUCUUUUCACCUCUCCUUUCCUCUCCUCUCCUCUCCUCUCCUCCCCUCUCCUCCCCUCUUCUCUCCCCUCCCCUCUCCUCUCCCCUUCCCUUCCCUCUUCCCUUCUCAGAAUUAACGCCAACAACUUUAAGGAAAACUGUGUGGAAAGAUUCAUUGGCGACGAAGCCAAUGUCAUAAGUUUUAUGAAUUUUUUUUUGGCGGGAAAUAAUCACAUGACGUCAUGACGAAGGGGCAUGCGCACUUGAGUUGUGUAAAAAAAUUUUUGGUCAAAAUGUCACGACAUGCUUAAAAAAUCCUUAAAGCCACUAAAUAUAUCUUUUAACCAUUAAGUGAUAAAAGUGUAACUCAGGUUUCAUUAUAAUUUUUAUUGUAAGCACUUAAUAUCUGAUUAUGAAUCAAAAUAAAAUCCGACACUGAUCAG